AUGAGUUGUCUCAUCAGUGUCACAUCAGUGUCUCAUCAGUGUCUCAUCAGUGUCUCAUCAGUGUCACAUCAGUGUCUCAUCAGUGUCUCAUCAGUGUCUCAUCAGUGUCACAUCAGUGUCACAUCAGUGUCACAUCAGUGUCUCAUCAGUGUCUCAUCAGUGUCUCAUCAGUGUCUCAUCAGUGUCUCAUCAGUGUCUCAUCAGUGUCACAUCAGUGUCUCAUCAGUGUCUCAUCAGUGUCUCAUCAGUGUCACAUCAGUGUCUCAUCAGUGUCUCAUCAGUGUCUCAUCAGUGUCAUCAGUGUCUCAUCAGUGUCACAUCAGUGUCUCAUCAGUGUCUCAUCAGUGUCACAUCAGUGUCUCAUCAGUGUCCCAUCAGUGUCUCAUCAGAGUCAAAUCAGUGUCUCAUCAGUGUCUCAUCAGUUGUCACAUCAGUGUCUCAUCAGUGUCUCAUCAGUGUCUCAUCAGUGUCCCAUCAGUGUCUCAUCAGUGUCUCAUCAGUGUCUCAUCAGUGUCUCAUCAGUGUCACAUCAGUGUCAUCAGUGUCAUCAGUGUCUCAUCAGUGUCUCAUCAGUUUCACAUCAGUGUCAUCAGUUGUCACAUCAGUGUCAUCAGUGUCUCAUCAGUGUCUCAUCAGUGUCACAUCAGUGUCUCAUCAGUGUCAUCAGUGUCUCAUCAGUGUUUCAUCAGUGUCUCAUCAGCGUCAUCAGUGUCAUCAGUGUCAUCAGUGUCUCAUCAGUGUCAUCAGUGUCUCAUCAGUGUCACAUCAGUGUCAUCAGUGUCUCAUCAGUGUCUCAUCAGUGUCAUCAGUGUCAUCAGUUGUCACAUCAGUGUCACAUCAGUGUCUCAUCAGUGUCUCAUCAGUGUCUCAUCAGUGUCUCAUCAGCGUCUCAUCAGCUUCUCAUCAGCGUCUCAUCAGCGUCUCAUCAGCGUCACAUCAGUGUCUCAUCAGUGUCUCAUCAGUGUCUCAUCAGCGUCUCAUCAGCGUCUCAUCAGCGUCUCAUCAGCGUCACAUCAGCGUCUCAUCAGUGUCUCAUCAGUGUCUCAUCAGUGUCUCAUGAGAGUCACAUCAGUGUCUCAUCAGAGUCACAUCAGUGUCUCAUCAGUGUCACAUCAGUGUCUCAUCAGUGUCACAUCAGUGUCACCUCAGUGUCUCAUCAGUGUCUCAUCAGUGUCUCAUCAGUGUGUCAUCAGUGUCACAUCAGUGUCACAGAGGAGAUAA